AUGAUGUCUACAGCGCUACCUGUAAAAGGCGCAGACGCCAUGGACGUGCAGCUGAUUCGACAGAGAAUGCAGCAAGAUCUUCCACCUCAAGAUGUACAAGAGUAUCUAUGGCGAGUAAGACUCGAAGCAGAAGAAAUCCCCGACAUUGUCGUGGCUCCAGAUAUUGACCCCCGACAGUUCGAUGCUCAACAGACGAGGAAUAUGCCAAAGUUGCAAUCGUUUGUUCUGAAAGAGACGGAUCGAGAGAGGAUACCUGAUGAUAGAUGGAAAAACGAAUUGUUAGCAGAUUUUGCGGAGUUGCGACAACUAAUUGUACGCUGGGAAGCUAUUGGACCACCUAAAGCAGAGAGGGCAGGAGACGAUGUUCCCAUUGAGAUCUUGCGGAAAAAAAGUGCCCAAAAUGAAUGA